GUCUGGGGGAGCCUUUGGUCAAAGAGGAGCUCCAACUCAACUGGUCAGCCAAAGCUAUUGUCCGUUUGAUAUCUCCGGCAAAGACCUUCUACAGGGAUAGACUACUCUUGAAUACUGAAAGCAAUCAAAAAUCUAGAAAAUGGCAAAAGUAAAUUUGAGCAUAGUGGCUCUGGGGGUCACACUGCUCUUGUUAGCUGAGACAUGGGCACAGAAUCCCAAGAAGAGACUGGCACCUCCAAAGCCUCCCAAGGCUCAGUGCUGUGAUGAGGUGCGCUCUCUCAAGGUUCAGGUGGCCAAUCUGACUAGUCUCCUCGAGGAGAUGAGUCGCAAGCAGGAGACGGACUUGAUGAGCAUUGUUAAGCAAAUAAUGGAGCUGGACAAGAACAAUCGGCAGCAAGAAGCCCGGGUCACGGAGGCAGAGAGCAAGUACUCAGAGAUCAACAACCGCGUGGAGAUCAUGCAACUACAAACCCUGCAGUCUGCUCCUCAGACUUCAUCAGAUGCCACAUAUGACUGUGCAUCCCUGUACAGCAAGAACUACAAGAUUUCUGGCGAGUACAAACUGCCUAAAGAUGAGUUUCUGGGUACACCUGAGCUGAACGUCUUCUGUGAUAUGGAGACAAAUGGAGGUGGUUGGACUUUGAUCCAAAGGCGCAAAGUCGGCCUGACAUCAUUCAACCGUGACUGGAAGCAGUACAAAAGUGGAUUUGGAUCCAUCCGCGGAGACUUCUGGCUCGGCAAUGACAACAUCUUCCGUCUAACAAGGCAGCCCAGUAUGCUCAGGAUUGAGAUGGAGGACUGGGCUGGAGAGACACGCUAUGCCGAGUAUGGCUUUUUCACCGUGGGUAAUGAGCUAAACAGCUACAAGCUCUUCCUUGCCAACUACAGCGGGAACGCUGGAGACUCCUUGCGCUACCACAACAACACCAACUUCAGCACCGUCAACAAGGACAAUGACAAAUGUGUGGAUGACUGUGCUUCCCUGCGCAAAGGUGGUUACUGGUACAACUGCUGCACUGACUCAAACUUGAAUGGCGUUUUUUACCGCUACGGUCAGCACAUAACAAAGAAUGCAGAUGGGAUCACUUGGUAUGGCUGGCACGGGUCCAACUACUCCCUCAAGAAAGUGGAGAUGAAGGUCCGGCCAGUGAAUUUUCAACCAUAAGUGCUUCAGCUGUGUGUCCUGGACCAAGAUCAUACGCAUGAAUGCUGAGAGAUCUCACUAAUACCUGUUUAACCAAAUUGUGCUUUCCCAUGACUGCGAAAGGAAUGAAAAUGUAGUUUGUGAUGGUCUGGUUAAGUUUCAGUCAGAUGAAUGUGUAAUGUUUUUGCUGUGGUUGAUUGUAAAUUGUAGUUCAUUUUGUGUAUUUAUCAGUAAAAUAUUUUAUUUUUCAAAAGCUUUGAUAGAUGCUCUUUUACCACUGUCCCGUAUGGGUAACUGGAUUUUGACCCUUCUCUCGUUUGUCUUGAAAGCAUUAGGAUGUAUGUUGUAGUUAACACAAGCCAUUUAUGGGUAGUAGCAAGAAUCAGUCCAGAGUGGUCUGGUUCAGGUAUAAAUCAUUAACAACUGGUAGGAACUAAUUAUCUUUGUGAGUUGCUUGAAUGGGAUUAACCACCGAAGGUACUUCCUAUGAAUUACACUGCAUUUUAUUGUAAAACCUAAACCAUUGAUGACGGAAAUGUGUCAUUUGUAAAAUCUGUACAGCUCUGUAAUUAUGUUGUUUUAUGUGAUAGAAAAUAAACAUAUUUUUUAAAAGAGUG